CGCUCCUUUGGUUCAGCAUCCCGUCCUCCCGUGGAUCAUCCGUCUCUAACGUCCAGAGUCUAGUCGUAACUGAUCUGAUAGUGGCCAAAUCGAGAACCAGGCAGAACCAAUACGGCAACAUGCCCUCCCUACUCUCUUUGGCCGCGUCCGCCCUGCUCCUGGCAAGAAGCCUUCACGCCCACUUUACCGUACAGCACCCGCCUAUAAUCGGGCCGUUCAACGCUGAGGAGGAGGACUCGGCCCCCUGCGGCGGACACUCUCCCGAUCUUAACACUCUCCCGGCCAAUGACUUCCAUGUUGAUGGUGAUGCCAUCGCCACCACCCUCACCCAUUCCCAAUCCACAUGGCUUUACCGCGUCACGACUGAUGCCACUGCGAGCGGCAAUUGGACCCAGAUAUGGGGUAUUGUCGACCAGCAGGGUGCCGGGGCCUUCUGUAUCCCUCAAAUCAGCGUCCCCCACUCGUUUAUCGGCCAGAAGGUCAUCCUCAGCAUUGUUUCACACGCUACAGACGGUUUCCUAUAUCAAUGCUCCGCUCUCAAUUUCGUCGAGGGAAUUGCCACAGCGCCGAGCGAUUGCAGAAAUGGCAGCAACACUCAAGGCUCUUUCUCCAGCGACGCAGAGUUGACUGCUAUGCUCGGCGAUGGCCCUGUGGGAUCUUCUGCCUCUCCGAGCGGAUCUUCGCCGACCGAUGUACCUAGCGGUGGUACCACAACAAAGCCUGGUGGUUCUGAGGGCCGCGGAGUCGUAUUCACGGUUGGCCUGAUGGCUGUUCUAGGCUCUGUGUUGGCCGUUUGAGACAUUCAGACGACAAUGUCUCGACUAGCGCUUAGUCUCGUUUUGUUUGUCGUCCCAACGCAUUGUUAUAUGUCGUUGCGACUGGGGAAAUUUGUCCGAGACAUUCUACUAGUCUGUAGAGCCCCGGGGACGGUUUAUUUGCGUGGUCCUAGGCUAUAUAGGUAGAUACCCCUCGAGUGAAUUGUGAUCGUCUCGGCUUGUAGGUCGCGUUGGCUAUUGUGUCAGAUGUCAAUCUAAUGAUCCGAUGCGUCCGUAGCCAAGGCUGGCCCCCCGACCU